ACAGGUGUAAUGGAGACUUCUAAAGUUUGCCUUGAGAAUCCUACCAGAGAUGGAAAGAGUGGAUUCCUGCAUUGUGGCCGACCCAUAUAUUGUGUCGGGCUGGGUAAAGGACAAACUAGGAAUGAUUACAUCUGUGAAAGUUUCUAGGAGUGGAAUUGUUUAGAUUUAUUUGUGUAUCCGCCUCCCAGAGGAAGCGGCCGCUUCGAAUCACGCAGCUUGGAGCUCAACCUGUGGUGUGCUUUGUUUUCUGUAGCAGGGCGCCUCAAAAAUGGGUGAUCAGGGGGGUGUGUGUGAGAGAUUUUAGUCUAGAAGAUCUACAGGAAGUUUUGAGAGAAGGGGUUCCAUCCUCCCAGGUCGACGGUCUGGUGUAGGAUAAUUUAGGACCAAGUAGUGGGAUGGGGUGGUGGAUUUUUGGGCAUAGUGUAUAGGUGCAGGGGUAGUGCAAUUUCAGUUUAUCCCAUUCCCUUUUCCCUUUAUUUUUUGGUUUUGUCAUAAUGUGGAAUGCACAUUCCGAACUGAGAAAGGCAGUAAUACAGCAAAAAGUGUCUGGUCUGGCGGAAAUUCACAAUAAUAAUAAUAAGAAAUUCCAUUGGACAAUGAAUGGAGGAAGAUUGGCAUUGCAGUAGGCGCUGUACCAUAAUAAAGGAGGAACCCUUCUACAGGUAGUUCCAGAUCUCCAUCUCAAUGGCCCCACACCCAGUGGUGCAGGCCAUCAUUGACCUCUCAGCUGGAGCUAUAGGAGGUACAGCGUGUGUGCUGAGCGGUCAGCCCCUGGACACAGCCAAGGUGAAGAUGCAGACCUUUCCCUCCUUGUACCGAGGCUUUGUCCACUGCUUCUCCUCCACAUACAAACAGGUGGGUCUCCGAGGGCUCUACCAGGGUACCAGCCCAGCCCUGAUGGCUAACAUCGCUGAGAAUUCUGUGCUCUUCAUGAGCUACGGAUUCUGCCAGGAGGUGGUUCGCACAAUGGCGGGACUGGGAACGGAGGCUCCACUCAGUGACAUGCAAAAAGCAUGUGCUGGGUCGGUUGCAUCCAUCUUCUCCUCUCUGGUCCUGUGCCCCACUGAGCUGGUCAAGUGUCGUCUUCAAGCCAUGUACGAGAUGGAAGCGUCUGGCAAGAUCGCAAAGGGCCAAAACACGGUGUGGUCAGUGGUGAAGUCAGUGAUGAAGCAAAAUGGUCCUACAGGGUUUUUCACAGGCCUGACCACAACCAUCGCCAGAGAGGUGCCCGGCUACUUCUGCUUCUUCGGGGCCUACGAGCUCUGCCGAACCACCUUUGCUGACAACAUGAAGUGCAGCAAGGAUGACAUAGGAGUGGCCCCUAUUGUGUUCAGUGGGGGUUUCGGGGGUGCAUGCCUGUGGCUGGUGGUCUACCCCUUUGACUGUGUCAAGUCUCGCAUCCAGGUCAUGUCAAUGAUAGGGCGCCAGGAAGGUUUCUUCAAGACCAUGAUGACUAUCAUGAGGACGGAAGGUGUAAGGGCGCUCUAUUCUGGUUUGACUCCCACCAUGAUCCGCACGUUCCCCGCCAACGGAGCCCUGUUCCUGGGGUACGAGGCCAGCCGUAAGUUCAUGAUGAAACAGUUUGACAGCUGACCUGGUCCUCCUCUGACAACGAUGUCCCCCAUCUCUUUUUUUGCCUUGUCAUUUGUACUGGUUAACCCUACUACGUUGUGUCGUUAACCUCCUACAACACUCUGAACUGGUUGAAAUGACCUGAUUUCAAUGAGUUCUGGUUGUAAGUGGGUUGAGCUUUGCCCGCUGGGUUGGGCUCGGAACCCACACUCCUCAGAGAAGCAUUGUGGCUAAUAUUAUGUUUUUAGAUACUUGACUUAAAUGUGAAUAAACAAUGAGUGUACAAAAUAUUAGGAACCUAAUAUUGAGUUGAGUUGCAUCCCCUUAACAGCCUCAAUUCGUUAGGGAAUGGACUCUACAAGGUGUUAAAAGCGUUCCACAGGGAUGCUGGCCCGUGUUGACUCCAAUGCUUCCCAAAGAUGUGUCAUGGCUGGAUGUUCUUUGGGUGGUGGACCAUUCUUGAUACACACAGGAAACUGUUGACAUGAAAAACCCAGCAGCAUUGCAGUUCCUGACACACUUCAACCGGUGCGCCUGGCACCUACUAUAGUACUAUUCCCCGUUCAAAGGCACUUAAAUCUUCUCUGAAUGGCAUACAUACACAAUCCAUGUCUCUUGUCUCAAGGCUUAAAAAUCCUUCUUUAACCUGUCUCCUCCCCUUUGUCUACACUGAUUGAAGUAGAUUUAACAGGUGACAUCGAUAAGGGAUCAUAGACUGACUGGGUGAAUCCAGUUGAAAACGAUGUUAUGGACCUAAUUCUUUGUACACUCGGUGUAAGGUUGAUAUACAGGAUGCACUCCCAGACCUGAUUUGAAACGGGAUCAAGGUCUGGAAGUGGAGUAUUUAGUGUUUUAAUUUUUUACAGUAUUAAUAAAAGACAUGUUAUUUUAUAAA